AGAGAGAGGCUGAAGGAGUGGGGCCAUAUAAAGAGCAAUAGAACACAUGCCAGGCUUUAUCCUGCGUUCCUGUCCCGCUCAAACUACCAACACUCUCUGCCCUGACUCUCACUCACCGUUACUUACCGCACUUUUUGUUUCCACACACAGUCCCACCGACUACACUGAGUGACCAGAGAAGAUGAUGGCUGUGUCCAUGUGGAGAAUGAAUGGGCUCUGGAGAAGGGUGGCUGCAGUUCUGGUGCUCUGCACCCUGUUGCUCAGCAAUGAGGUGAUAUGUCAAGAUGAUGCAACAGUAGCUCCCGUGGCUACUACAGCUGCAGCUGACGUCGAUGCAGCAACAGACCCUAUGGCUGCAGUUGUUACAGGUUCCCCCACUGGAGGUGCCUCUGCAUCUCCCGGUGUUGCAGGCGCUGCUGCUUCUUCAACUCCAGGAGCUACCCAGUUCCCAGCAACUGUUAUUCACUUUUUACUCAGUAGUACCUUAGGGACCACUGUUAACCCCACUGUUGCAGGUGCAGGGUUAGCAGAUAACUCUCCUGCCAUUAAAGUGGUGGUGCCUGAAGUGGCAUGUGUUGGAAAAGAAGACAUCCCAGAAAGCAGUGCUGUAAAGGCCGUGGUAAAAACGGAUGAUUGUGAGGAAACUAAAAGCAUCAUUCAGAAGAAUCCUGCAGGCUGGUGCAGCUCGGACAACUGUAAUCUACAAAUCUUCCAAGAUGGCAAGACAGUGCUUGUGGCCAGUGAAGAUUCUUCUUUGGCUAUUUUGAAUGAGGCACUCCAGAGUGACAGUUUGAAAGACAAGCUGGGUGUCACAAAGGUCGGGACAUCUUCAGGUUCCUCUGUGUUUGCUGGAAUUCUGGUCACCGGUCUACUCGCCGCCCUUGCAAUCACAAUAGGUUACUUCAAAUGCCAACGCAAGCCCGAAAGCAAGGGCGUGAGGCUGGCAGAAGAGGCCUACCCAGUAGACCAGGAGAACCAGGGGAACACCCUUGCGUCUGAGGCCCCCCUCAACCCCCCUCCAGAAACCCAGGAGAAACCCAGCGUAAAUGGAGAGUCCCCCGAGGCAGCCAAGACCGAGCCACCUCCUCCCAACAAUGGCCACUCCACUGCCAAGACAGCAGACACAGAGCUGUGAAAUAGUCUACCAUUGAAUUUCAGACCAGGAACUACCCCCAAACACCCCCAUUCACACACACACACACACACACACACUUACGAAAACCAGCCUGGCUUUUUGAAUCCCCCGCUGCCCAACCACACAGCACAGUGGACAUCAGGGGCUAAACGUGUCUCCUACAUCAACACUCCUCUUGUCAUGGUUCCCUUUGACGAUGUGCCUCAGCAAACACCAGGAAAGCUAGUUUGACGACGACGGCGGCGGCGGCAGUGGUGGUGAUGGCGUUGGUAACGUCGUUGACGGCAGUCAGGCUGGAGACGACAGGGAGGGGAUGAACACUCACUAGCACUCGUCAGCACUGGCUCCCAUGGCGACUGCAGCUUGUGGAGUCACAGCUGUGCGUGCCGUCAACACCCAGCAGAGUAUUUGCUCCGCGAGUCAGGUUUAAAGUCUCAGCCAAAGCUUUUGAUUAGAGAAACACAGCGCAAGCACGCAAAAUGAAAUUGUUCCUCGGUUUAUUGAUAAGACAUGACAGGCGGGUAGACGGGAAACCAAUCACUCUGCCUUGAAAUCUGUUUACACACUUUCUCAGAGAGAAACUCCACUGGGCUCUCAUCCUGUGUGUCUGAUUGAGUUAUUGAUUGUGUGUGUGUGUGUGCGCGUGUGUGUGUAGCUGUCAGAUCCUGCAUGUGUGGGUAAACGUGUACUGGCAUACUGUGCAUGGACUGUAUAAAGCUUUUAUUUUCCUGCUUACUUUUGUUUGUGCUGUAUGCAUGUUUGGUUAGGAGUGAGAGUCUGAAUGUGCAUGUGACAUUAGCCACGGAUUUGUGUAUGUUACGUUGACCGAGUGACGUCUCACUGAGUCAGUUCCCCGCGACGAGCAUGAAGGAAUACUGAAGUUUGAAUCAUUUUUCACCAUUUCUCUUGAGCAGGGGGAGAUGUAAGGAGUUCCCCGAUCUGCUGCUGUGAACUGAAGUGAGAUUAAUCACAAAGUCAACACAAACUCCAUCCGUUUGUCAGUGUUAUUCUCUUUUCAAUAUUCUGUAUAAGCUCUUUACUAUCAGUAUUCUUUUGAGCAGCGUGUAUAAUAUUUUUUGUUUUAAUAUUGUUUUGUAUUUUGUGCGCAGACACUUGCAGUGUUCAUCUUCUUACGUUUCAUUUCAUCGCUUAAGCCGUACUAAAAUCAUGUUCACAAAGUUUGACACGGAAAGACGCUCAAGGGACUGUGACUGUUAGAAAUGAGCAUCAGGCGAAAUCGAAAUCUGUGAUUUUUCUUCUUCACUUUGGUUUGUGAGUCCACGUGGAGUCGUUUUUUUUACUGACAUGACUUUUGUUGAACUUGAACAAAGAAAAAUUAAUGAUAAGAGAAGAAUCAGAUUUCUCACUUUUUUUUUCCCUUUCUCUUCCAUUUUUGUAUAUUUUCAUUUCUAACAUUCCAGUGUUUCAUUCUACUAGCGCUCGGCAGUUUAAAUUGGAUCUAACAUGAAAAAAAAAAAUAAAAAAAGAGGAAACAACCUGA